CUCAUGGCUUUCUUGAUGAAAAAGAAGAAAUUUAAAUUCCAAACCACUUUCACCCUGGAGGAGCUGACUGCAGUCCCCUUCGUGAAUGGGGUUCUCUUCUGCAAGGUCCGGCUGCUGGAUGGCGGGGACUUUGUCAGCUUGUCGUCAAGGGAGGAGGUGCAGGAGAACUGCGUGCGGUGGCGGAAGAGAUUCACCUUCGUGUGUAAGAUGAGCGCCAACCCGGCCACCGGCCUGCUCGACCCCUGCAUCUUCCGAGUGUCAGUGCGCAAGGAGCUGAAAGGCGGGAAGGCUUAUUCCAAGCUGGGCUUCACCGACCUGAACCUGGCGGAGUUUGCAGGGUCGGGCUCCACGGUGCGCUGCUGCCUGCUGGAGGGCUACGACACGAAGAACACCAGACAGGACAACUCCAUCCUCAAGGUCACUAUUGGAAUGUUCCUGCUCUCAGGAGACCCCUGCUUCAAGACGCCGCCGUCCACUGCCAAGUCCAUCUCCAUUCCAGGCCAGGAUUCCUCCCUGCAGCUGACGUGUAAGGGUGGCGGGACCAGCCGUGGCGGCAGCAGCAGCAACUCCCUGACCGGGUCCCGGCCCCCCAAGGCCCGGCCCACCAUCCUCAGCUCAGGGGUUCCGGAGGAGCCAGACCAGAACCUGUCCAGCCCCGAGGAGGUAUUCCAUUCCGGCCACUCCCGCAACUCCAGUUACGCCAGCCAGCAGUCCAAGAUCUCGGCAGGCUACAGCACAGAGCACUCGCGCUCCUCGAGCCUCUCGGAUCUGACGCACCGCCGGAACACGUCCACCAGCAGCAGCGCCUCGGGCGGCCUCAGCAUGGCCGUGGAGGGGCCCGAAGGCAGCGAGCGCGAGCACCGGCCCCCCGAGAAGCCGCCGCGGCCGCCCCGGCCCCCGCAUCUGUCGGAGCGCUCGUUCCGGAGGAAGAAGGACUCGGUGGAGAGCCACCCAACCUGGGUGGAUGACACGCGCAUUGACGCUGAUGACAUCGUAGAGAAGAUCAUGCAGAGCCAGGACUUCACGGAAGGGAGCAAUACUGAGGACAGCAACCUCCGGCUGUUCGUGAGCCGCGAUGGCACCACCACCCUGAGUGGUAUCCAGCUGGCCAACAGGGUCUCCUCUGGGGUCUAUGAGCCAGUCGUGAUUGAAAGCCAUUGAGGAGCAGGUGCCCCAGCUGGAGAAGGGCCCUGCCUUUACGGGCGUCCAGACCCGCAUCAUUCCACAGGGGACCUUCGCCUUCGGAUCACCAUCCAUGCUGCCUCUCAUCUGUGCCUCCUCCAUGCACUCCAGCCCCAAAGCAUCAUUCCACUGACCUCCCAUCUAUGCUGGGAUGCUCAUGGCCCGCCAGGGCCCCGGGCACCACUGUGAAUAUUCUCCUCUGAACCACUAGAGGGCAGGACACAUGGGCCCAUGAAGCAGGUGGGCAGAGACCCAUGGCGGGCACCGCCCCUCUGAGACCCACUUGGGCCCUCGGUGAGGACAUUCAGCAGUUCCUGCACAUGCAGGGAGGCUGGUGGCCGCGGGCCUUCUGUCCUGUGUCCCUGUUCACUCCAGGAGCGCUGGCUCAGCCCUGGCAGGGCCUCACUCCAUUGCCCCCUUGUCCUUGGAGGGGCAGUCCACCCCCCGGAAUCCUGCCACCGUGGCCCUCUGACUGCUUAGUGCUUCAGCCGUCCCUCUCCUGCGUCCCGGGGGACCUGCUGGCGGCCUCCUCCGGGAAACCAAGACCUCAAACCUCACCUGUGCUCCGGAUUGAGACCCCACCUCCCCUGCAGCGAAUGUUCUCCUGCUGCCCGGCAGCCUGCACUUUGCACACGCUUGUCUCCAGCACAGCGCCCUGGCCCUCGCCUGCCCAUCCACUGAGCCCUUCCCAAGGAUCCCUGGGCACUGCCUGCUGUGCGGUCAGCAGCCCAGCCCUCGCAGCCCGGCUGGAACGUGGCACUGCCCCUGCCCCUCCCUGCCCUCUCCGGUUGGCUCCAGCUCAGGCCUGAGCCCUCUGCUGAGAAAGGUCUGAGCCUGAGCAGUGGUUCCCCUCUGCCUAGGGCUGGGUCCUGGGCAGCUAGCUUCUGUUAAUGAAGCCAGGAAAGGUGCCUCCCAAGGCCCUGGAGGUCAGCAGCCCGGCUGGGCUGGGUUUGCCAAGCCAAGCACCCUUUCUCUCCCCUCAGGCUCAGCUGGCCCAGGCCGGGGCCGACGCGGAGAAGCAGAUGGGCUGUAGCUGGACUGGCCCGGAGCUGGCUUCCUGGCCAGAAAAGCCUCAGCCAACCUCUGAAAACAUGCCCUCUCUGGGCAAAGGAGAGGGCGGGGUGGGGGGGGUCCAUUAAGGGGGUUUUCCCAGCGGGGAGCAGUCUGGCCCUGCCCCCGCCCCUACCCCUCGCUAUACCCUCUGCUCUCAGCACUUUCCCCUGGCCUUGUCCUCGUUACUUGCUUGAAGGUGGGUUCUGGCUGCCCGCCAGUCCCUGGACAGACUCCCCCGACACUCUAAAUUUCACUCAUUUUGUAUAAACCCAGCAGGCUGGUGUUUGCAUAGCCCCAUACCUUUUUCCUUUUCUUUCCUGAUUGUUUUUUUUUUUCUUUUCUUUUUCUUUCCUUCCUUUCAUUUUCUUUUUUUAAGAGUUCACAGUUUGGUAUUUCCUCCUCCCCCAGGCGAGGGGAGGUGCUUCUGUUCUCCCCCUACCCGCUGGCUGGGUCCCAGCAGGGCUGGGGAUCUGGGGUGGGGGUGGGGGGGUGCCCUUCCCAGGCUGGGAGGGGUCCUUGCCAUCUGCCCCACUGGCAAGAAUUGGACUUGGUCUUGGAACCUCCUGGCAUUGGGACCAGAGCAUUUCUAGGAUUUCUGUUGUUUUUAACGCCCUAACCCUUUUAGAAAAUGAAUGUUGAGAAGGUGCCUGCCGAGGCAGGAUGGAGCGUUUGCUCUGGCUGGGGAAGGCUCUGGUCAGCUCUGCAGGUCCCUUCCUGCUCCACAGACACCUGGCACUUUAAAAGGGAGCUGGCUGCACUGUCUGCAGUUGAAGUGACCCCCAGAAGAUGGGGGAACGCUGUCCUUCCCUUCUGUAUCUGCACGACCUCAGCCCAGUGAGGCGAUGUAUUCAGGGUGUCUUUAGGGUCUGAGUCAACAUUCUGGGGGCUUCAGGCAUAAGAUAGCUGGUUUUGGUGCUGUUGGGGAGAAUUUCCCAUACCAGGAACCCCAGCCCCACCCUAGGCGAGCUCUGAAUUUGACAGUCACCCCAGAAGGAGACAGAGCCUGCCACACCCUCCCAUGCCAGGCCCUGGGCCAGGGUAACUGGACUGACAGAAUUCAGCCACAACCAAAUCGAUGCUGGCUGGAGCCGGAGGCCUGGAGCCCCGGAGCCCCAGCCUCAUCCCCACGUGGGAGCCCUUUCUUCGACCUUCUGGUCCCCUCAAGCUCAGUGAAUUCCCAUUAGGUGCCCACAGCUCUGGACUAAAAAUCCUAUAUUUAGAAAGAGAUAGAAUAUAUUAGAGAUAUUUUUGGAAAGGAAUUGGUCUAUGCAAUGCCAGUUUGGAAUCUUCUUGAAAGACAGUUUAACGUUUUUACUAGGAGAUUUAAAGAAAAGAAAGGUCUACAAUAUUUUUAGGUUGUUUCUUGUUUUUUGUUUUUUUUUUUCUGGUCACCCCACAAACCGACCACAUGGCAUGAUCCGCCAAGAUGGAGAAUGCCCAUGGUCUCCUCUCUUUCGGGAGAUGAGCAGGGAGAUGCGGGGAGGGGAGGCUUUUUGUUUUUUUUUAAACACCCCUCCUUUCUAACAGAAUGUUACCAUCACCACCCCCUGAUUCAGUGGGCUGUGUUUGUCCCAGCUUCUGUUGUAGAAAAUAACCUUGUAAGGGGAAAUCAGCCUAGUGUCAGUGUCUUGGUUUGGGGGGGGGGGCGGGGAUUAAAUGUUGCAGAUUUUGUUAUGGCAUGUUGGUUCUUGCUUGUUUUACUGAGUUGAAUCCCGGGUCACAGAUGGCAUCAGAAGGGAGCCAGACGUAGGAGAUGACACUCUGGGGGUGGGAGAGACGUCGGUGGCUGGGGUUCUUGGUUGUCCUGGCUGCAAUCAUUACAAUUAUUAUCACUGUUACUACUACACAUUCGUUGGGAGGAAACUUAGGCCCAGGAAGGGCAGUUUCUUGCCAACCUCACACUUACAAGGUGGCAGCUCUGACCUCAGAGCCCAAGUUCAAACCUCCCCAGGGUCAGGUGGCCUCUAACAAGCACGCCUGAGGACCAAUGACUGCUUGUGCCUCAGCUUUCGCAGCUGCAAAUGGGGUUGUGGAUCAAAUUAGGAGGUGGGUAUACAGGAGGGCUCUUGACCCACCCGAGAGACGCUAAGAGUUUUCCCAGCCUCCCUAAAGCCACAGGCCAGCAUUGUCUCCAGGCUUGGACCACCUCACUCCCUGCCCUUGCCUCAAGUUCCUGAAGAGCUGGCAUGGCCACCAAGCUCUGGGAAAGGCAAGUCACCCUGGGCCUUUCAUGAGCUCAGAAAUGGCAGGAAUCCUCAGGGCUCUGGACAAGCUGGAAGGGACCAGACUACCAGGCCUUGUCCCAGCCCAAGCACUGCAUUAUCUUCACCCAUUCUCAGCGCUGAUGCCUGCUUAUGACCCAGAAAACCCUGGAGACUGAUUCUCAGCCCCUUCCUCGGUUCUGUGCACACCUGGGGAGGGAUGAGUUGGCUCCUGGCUGAGCCCCAAUUCUCCUGAGACAGAGAGGGAAGGAAUAGGCUGUAAGGUCCAAAAAAGUUUGCUUCUUUGAAACACAGUAAUGCUCAGUGGUGGCUCAGACAGUAAGAAUCUGUUCAAUCCCUGGGUCAGGAAGAUCCUCUGGAGAAGCGAAUGGCUAGCCACUCCAGUAUUCUUGCCUGGAGAAUUCCAUUGACAGAGGAGCCUGGUGAGCUACAGUCCAGUUCAGUUUAGUUCAGUUGCUCAGCUGUGUCCGACUCUGCGACCCCGUGGACUGCAGCACGCCAGGCCUCCCUGUCCAUCGCCAACUCCCGGAGUUUACUCAAACUCAUGUCCAUUGAGUUGGUGAUGCCAUCCAACCGUCUCAUCCUCUGUCAUCCCCUCUCCUCCUGCCUUCAAUCAUUCCCAGCAUCAGGGUCUUCUCAAAUGAGUCAGCUCUUCACAUCAGGUGGCCAAUGUAUUGGAGUUUCAGCAUCAGUCCUUCCACUGAAUAUUCAGGACUGAAUUCCUUUAGGAUGGACUGAUUGGAUCUCCUUGCAGUCCAAGGGACUCUCAAGAGUCUUCUCCAACACCACAGUUCAAAAGCAUCAAUUCUUCGGUGCUCAGCUUUCUUUAUAGUCCAACUCUCACAUCCAUACAUGAUUAAUGGAAAAACCAUAGCUUUGACUAGACAGACCUUUGUUGGCAAAAUGUCUCUGCUUUUUAAUAUGCUGUCUAGGUUGGUCAUAAUUUCCUUCCAAGGAGUAAGCGUCUUUUAAUUUCAUGGCUGCAUUGACCAUCUGCAGUGAUUUUGGAGCCCAAAAAAAUAAAGUCUGUCACUGUU